AUGCCAUCAGUGCCUCUGCGGCAUGAUACCUACACCGAUUACCUCGGUUCGCUACUUCCACAGUGGCCAGAAUAUCGGGGUUUGCAUGAAUUUCUGCAGGAGGACCAGCCUCCUGACUUAGUAUCGAAUACUCAGGCGCUUAUCAUCGGCUCCACAACUGAUGGAUUGAUCACUCGACGAUUUGACGAGAUUGCUCCAUUUCAAAGUGCUUUGGAUCAACGAUCGUCGAACACGAGAAUCCGCUUGAUUUUGAUCAGUUAUCAAGACAUUCAGACACUAAAAAAGGGCUUCGUUGAUACUGUUGGAUUGAAGUUUGAUAUUGAUCCCCUCUUUUUCUGCAACCACCUCGGUACUGGCCUUUUGGAUCCCGUACGAAACAGGUCGGAUAGAAUUGUCUUUAUUCUCCUUCGGACCGGGAAGAACUCGUGUACAUCUGCUGCUCUAGAACUAGAUAAACCUAGUGCUAAUGGCCCCUCUCGCUCGGUUCGAAAGAUAGGAUCGCGCACGACGUUCCUGGACCGUUAUUGCGCCCUGCUUGCGGAAUGGACCCCCGAAAGGGUAACAGCAGCCAACCGGAGCGCUAUCGAAUUCAUACAUCCUUUUUUCCAACUCUUCGCUCUUGAGAUCAAACAACAUAUGGAAAGUUCUUCCAAGUGGACGGAGGACGAAGUUAUCUCUCUGCUUGAGGUACCCGAAGCAGCUCUUCGUCUAAAAGGGCUCGAUUAUGACUUUCACGCUCAGAUUUAUCGCCAAAGUAUGGAGAUGGACAUCAAGUCUCUGGAAAGCACUAUCAAUGCCCUCCGCAGCCCUGGCUUAAGGCAAAUUGCAGAGACAGAAAGCACGCUCGACUCACAGAGAUGGCGUGACAUUCUGCACGACUAUGAGCACCUCCUUGAGAAGGCAAUGCGAAACUCACAUUCAUUUGAAGCCUACGAAGCUCGAUGUUUGAAUCGAUUUGGUCUUAUGGUCUCAACUAAAUCAACAUCACUGGCUGAGAGCGUUGGCCGCAUCAGCAUACUGGCUUUUAUCUUUGUCCCAUUGUCAUUCAUCACAUCCUUCUUUGGCAUGAAUACCAUUGAGUUUGGUUCUGGUAGUGUGAGGCUCUGGACUUUCAUUGUUAGCGCUACUGCAUUGAUACUUACAGUCUUUGUGGCAUGGUUGCUUUCCAGCUGGAUAGCCAGCCUUAUCAACGAUCUGCGGGAGAAUUUCUAUGGCUUCAAAAUUCGGAUCGGGGUUUUGAGAAAGUUUGCUGUGAUAUCACCGCUAAAUGCUUUGUUGCUAGCAUGGUUCUCCCUCACUCACCGACCGAGGCAAUUCCAACGUUAUCUUUUACAUCUCGGCAUCUGGUGCGUCUUGGGAUUGGGCGAUGACUGGGACGAGCCCCAAUUUGGGCCGGAACAGCAACAAACCUUGGCUUUGUCUCAGUUUUGGAUAACAAGAGGGCUUGAGAUGACCAAGAUCACUGGAAAAAGGGGCUGGCAGAACUCAUCCUUUUAUAGCAGAUGGCGUGCGAGGAGAAAUCAACAAUCCUCAACUACAGGUGCUGGAUCGUCAAACUCGAGCCAAGGAAACUGA